AGAUUAUACCUUUGUUUUGAUAGUCUCUGUUCUGUCAAUUUGUUGCUUGUGUUUUUUCAGCAACUGGGAAGGCGUUGAAGCUAUUAUUUAUCUUACUUUUCUUGUAAUAAAAGCGAAUUUGGUAGGAAGGAAGACACUUUUCUUUUUAAAAUUUGUAUGGAAUUUAAAAAUAUGUGUUACAUUAGGUUUGAAAUGUGUGGGCAUUUUCUCUUAUAAAAUGUGGUCAUGUUUCAUUUAUCUUUUGCAAGGAUGAACAUUUGCUUCUUUCACUAAAACUGCACACUGACAACUUCAUCCUAAAAUUGUCCUAGCCAUCUGUCUGAAAAGGAAUGGGCAACACAGAUGGAAGUGAAACUACAUCAGAAAAUUCCAAUCACAUAUUCACACAUCUCUGAUACAGUAGGAGCUAGACCCUACUUUCUUAUUUUGGUUGUAAGCUAGGAUUCUCAAGAUUCAAAAACAAUUGUAGUGAAUUACUUGGGUGGGCUUAAUUAGAGUAAUGGUAUAUCCCAUCCUAAUGACUCAUUAGUAAUGCAUUCCUAAGUUUGAGUUGUUAGUGAAUAACUGGGUGGUUCUCUAGCUUUAAUGUGAUCAUAAGUAUGCCUUUAUGCUGCUUUCACAAUUGUGUAGCAAAUCACCUUGUAAUGUUAAGGACGACUUCAGCUGCUCAGAUAAUAAAUGAUAGAGCCAGUAAUAGCUUUGGGUCUGUUAGUUGCAUAGGUAUAUAUCUGAAUUCCAGUUCUCUAGUCAUAGUUUAGAGAGGACAAAAUUCUGUCAGAAUACCUUGCACAUGUGGGAAGGGACAGAGAUAGGGAAUUGUUCCAGCAGAACCUAGUUGGUAGAAAGGAAGUGUCUCAGAAGCAUCAGCCAAGAUCCACAGGUGCACUUAACUCCUAUUGUUCAGGCAGAAGUUCAAAGGUGAUCUUGGCCAGUGAACAGAAGGGAAAUGAAAGGGAGUAAAUAAAACAAAAUUCUAGAGGUGGUCUUGUGAGCCAAGGAUGGAGGUCAUUAACUCAAGAUAUUUACAGGCUUAGAGUAUGGGAGGAAUUUAACCUAGUACCAAGCUUUGUGAGCACAAGCAUUUCUGUGCCCAGUGCACUGUUCUGGGAUUCUCCCCAAACCCCCAAGCCAAUUUCAGGUGCAUACAUUGUGGCAGGGGAGGGGGAGAGGCCCAUUGCACUAGUGGAAAUGCUUGUGCCGUUGUCUGCUAUCAGGACCAUCCAUUCCUAUGCGUUCAGAACAUGUAUCAAAACAUUUAUUGCUGAAGUUUUGGUACUAAGCUUUAGGGUUUCAAUUCCAAAAUAGAUAAAAACAGUGCAGAUAUAUAAACAUAUCCUUGUAGUAGAACUUUCCUAUAACAGAGAAAGGGAAUACAUCUAUUGAAAUUUAUUGACCCUUAUUUCUGCUCUCUAUCCUGAACAGUUUUCAAGAAUUCUUGGGUAUUUUCAGAAUUAAUAAAACCUGCAGUCUUUUUUCUUACAUACAUAACUAUGUUACAUUAUCAUUACCCAGUUACAUUGCUAAUUGAAAUGUUUUAUUAUGGUAAAUUAAUAUGACUUUGGUGACAUAAUCUCAAAUGCAGUAGAAAAACUGCUUCUGUGCCAUAUCACAGGCUUGAGUGUCAUGUCUUCUAGCAAGAUUGUUUGAAGUUGUGGAGCACCAUUGACGUGGCUUUCUGCAGCCUGGAGAGUGUGCCUUUCUGUGGACCUCAGAAUUUCUUUUAGAAAUAUUGAUAUAUGGCUUUUCUGAUUGUGGAAAUGUAAUAAGCGCUAAAAGCACAAAAAAAUCAAAGAGUUAUCAUGGGGGUUUCUGUUUGAGAGUUGUGUUUCUGUGUUCUUUACUUACCAUUUCCCUUUCUGCACUUAAACUGGGUAAUGUUCACAUGUAGGGCAGUAUCUAACUAAGUUGAUCCAUCGCAGCAAGGUAGAUGACUUGUGCAACUGACCAUCUAAUCACCUGCUCGCCAUGCUCCCUAAAUCUAUUCCUCCUCCCCUCCAGGGCAGAUUUGGAGAGGGCACUGGAUACAUGUGGGGAGGAAGUUACGUUACGCAAGCAGAAAUCCUUGUGCUGGUGAAAAGACUUAGUUGGAUACUGCCCAUACCAUCCAGUAUGGAGUUUUAGUAUAAAGUGUGCAUGACACUACAGUUCUAUUCUUAGUAUAUAUGUUCUGAGAAACAAAACCUCUCUUCUUCCCUCUGGCAAAGCAGGAAUACAUGCAUUUCUGGAGUAGGGAGAUCUGUGCCUACUCUUACCUAUAUGUUGCAGAUACAUAAGAGCAAAAUUUUCAGUGGUCAAUUCUAACGCCUUAAAAGUACCAUUAACUAAUCAGUUAUGCCCUUUGUUUUAGUUUUCAGUAGUUUUCAUUUGUGGCUCUGAGUUGGUUCUUAGCAUGGUUUAUUCAGGGACAGAAAUGGCACCACUUGUUGGCAUCCAUCUGUCUGGAGAGACAGUGGAGUGCACCUCCAGGGGUGAAGAAAACCGCUGUAUUAGCAGCACCAAAGUGACCUCCCUUGGGUGCAAGCCUGGGCAGUAUGUUUGGAUAUCCUGUGCUGCCCAGACAGCAAGACCUCUUGGCCUCACUGAUAUGCUGAUAGGAAAUACACCAAACCACUGUUUUAUCCCAUUUCUGGUAUACCCUGACUCUAUAGUGAUAUAGCUAGGAUUAUUGUGGGGGGCCUCAGACCCAGACAGCAUGGCUUUAGUCCAACAGCAUCUGGGGAGCCACAGGUUCUCUACCCUGGUGUUAUUGGAAUAGCUUCACCAAACUAAAACCAAAUUUCUAAAGUCAAGAGAGUAUAUGAAGGUUACCUACCUUUAUCUGAGAUUGUUAUUCUUUGUUUUGGGACUGAUACUUUGGGCAUGGAGAAGAACAGUUUUUAUAUUUUAUACUUGCCUAUCUGAUAACAACACUGUUACUGUACUAAGAACAAAUGAGUGUCCUAUGCUACCCUGCUUUCAUGGUCUUUCGUUUGCUCUCUUGUAACUCCCAUGAGAGAAGAAUAGCUAAGCACAUGAGAUAACUAUUUCAAACUAGUAAAGGUAAUAAAAUCACCCCUCCAGAUGGAAAGUGGCUGGUGAGGAAGGGAUACCCUGGGGACUAUAAAAAAGAAGAUCCUUCUUCCUUUUGUUUCCUUGUACCCAAUUGCUUCAGGGUGCAUGGUGGUGGUGCUCCUCUACCCUGUUAUUUCUGCUGAUAAGUUGUUGGAAGACAGGGUUAUGCUCAAUAAAAUAACAGGCAAACUUUUUUGCAUGCUUACACAAAGCUUACACAAUGUUUAAUGUGUGUAAGUUUACAUCCAAAGUUGACUUGCCAGAGAGACACGAUGUCAUAAUAAAAUAUCUAGAGUCAAUAAUAAAUAGAAUAAAUACAUAUAUACAUAGUGCUGAUCAUUAAUGCUGUGUUUGGGUACAGUUUACAAUUCUAGAAAGCAUACAUUACCUAUUUAAACCUGUAAAUGGAAAUAAAGAACAUGUUAAAUAAUGGACAUUUAUCCUGACAGCGUAAACUACCUUAAAAAUUGCUGCUUGUACAGCUUCUUAAAUAGCACUUACAGUGCAAUCCUACUCAACUAUACUCAAAGAGUUCAAGGUGGCUUACUUUCAGGUAAGCUUGCAGAGGAUUUCAUUCCUAAUUAGGACUGGUAGUCCAUGCAGGCAAGGAAUUUCAAAGAUGUCAUUUUCUGAAGAGGAACAUCUCAACAUAGUUUUCUAAUGAUGUGUUUUUUAGACUACUAAUAAGAAUUCCAAAUCGUUUUAGUUAGAAAAUGCAUAGUCUGGGCAAUGGUUAAAACUUUAUGGACAUCUUCCUUGAAUUUACCUUCGACCAAAUGGGGAAAAGGAGCAGACUGCAAGAGCACUGGUAUAAUGUGCUGUUUUAUCUACGCUUGCCUACUAGUGGCUGGUCUCUCUUGGAAAAUCCAGAUGUUGCAUAAUAAUUUUCUCGCGGGAAUGAUAAUUGUCUAGAAACCUGGCAUAGAAGGAUAUGGGGGUGGGGGUGAAAGAGAAGGAAUUCAACAGCUUUUUAAAAAAUACUUCUAUUCUGUCUGUCAGAAAUUAUUCUCCUCUGAAGGCCCGCACUGGGCAUUAAACUGGUGUUCAAUGUAUAACACAAACACACUUCACCACUAUUCACAUUACUAACCAACAUUGUGACUUUGGCAAAAACAAAAAAAACAUCAUUACAUUGUCAAGAUGUGGCCCCUUUCCAUUGUAUGUAUAACUGAAAUCACUCGAAAAAACUUGUUCUGGUUUGAGAGAGGCCAAUAUUGAAAUGUAUCAGAGAUGCCACUUUUAACCAUCAUUCUGAACUUUUUUAUGUCCACAUUUUCUGGAAGAUGGAUUUUGACUAUUAAUUUGGUUUUGUAUGUUUUCUCUGUGUGAUAUUUGUGCAUUAUUAGAUGACUAGACUGGCCAAGGCAGACCUGUUACACUUGCCUGAGUUAGGCAUUGUUUGCCAUGCCACUAAACCUGCCGCCAAGUGACAACUUCAUGGGGGAAUGAGAGCGGAGUCUGGCCUGCAGAAGAUGGACGCCCUGUCUCUGUUUUUAUUAUUUUAUUUUGCUUUCUUUUCUCUUCUUUUUGUUAAUUUUGUCCCUUUUUUGCUUUAAUUCUUUCAUUUCUACCUGUGAGCUGGUUCUUCAGUUCUGUAAAAAUGGUGUUCUGUUAUAAGAGUUCAUGAUUCAUUUUAAACUUGACCCUAUGAAAUUGUUCAUAGAUCAACCAAAAAUUCCAGAGUUUAGACUUUGUAGUUAGAUUGUAGAUACAAUCCUAAACAUCCAUAGUUAGAAAUAAAAGAUGAAUAAAAUUAAUAGGAAUUACUUCUGAGUAAAUCUGGCUAGAAUUGGAUUAUUUGAAAAGUGAAGUGAUCCAUUGGCUCAUAUUAUUGAAGCUUUUAGAUAUAUGUGGCUUUUCUGGACUACAAUCUGAAGACUGUCCUCUGAAAAUACUUCCCUCUCCCUUCCCAGAAGCUCUCUUACUAAGCAACCAUAGCAAGUUGGUUUCCCAUAUCUAAAAAGAUAAUGGCUCCCUUCACAUGUUCACUGAGUUGUUUGGGAGCCACUUUCCCACUGUGUUCUUGGUGGCAGUAUGUAUAUGAAUGCUGAAACCAUAUGAGAGAGCUCUGUGAGGAAAAUGCUUCCACAUGGUUGGGUGAGUAUGUGAACGGGGGGGACAUUGUUUUUCAAUACCUAUACUUGGCCUGUUUAAUUGGCUGUCGUAUUAUUUAUUUUGAAAAGAAAUAAAUAAUACUAAUAUUCUUAAUUCAUUUCUCAAAAAAUAGGAGAAAGCCUGGAAAACACUCAAUCGUGAAUUGAAUGUGAAGUAUUGACCAGUGUUUGUUUUAUAUACUGUCUUCUCUUUACUGUAGCAUUCUAUGGGAAGACGGCAAGCUGGACUAAUUUUUCUCUUGAGUUGGCUCACGCUUAUGGCAUAUUCUUAGAUACAGCAGAGGCACAUCAUAGAAGUGUUUUCAUUGUCAAGUUUGAAUAUUUUCUGUGUAAAACUCUCAAGAAAAAUACCAACAUUCUUCUGUUACAUUUCUCUGAAGUAGAGAUGAGCGCAAAUUGAUAUUGUCAUCUCUUUCAUUGUUCUCUUUUUCAAUAAAGAAUUUUGAAAUUUCUGGGAAUUUGACGUAAGCAGCCAAGGAAUUAUAUUGUUAAAAAUAGAUCCUCCUGAAGUUGCUGAUUUUGCUAACGAGCCAAAAUUUAGAGUUAUUCUAAAGCCACUUGAAUAUUUUUUUUUAAGCUAUAAAGAUUACUUCAAGUGAGGGUAAGACACCAGAGGUUUUAAACUGACACAAGUAAAUUGACACAAAUAAUUAUAGCGAUCAAUCAGUUUAAAAUGACAUGGUCUAGCUCUGAAUGAAUGCGAAGUGUGUAUGUGUGUGUGUUUGCGUCUGCGCGUGCACACUUCAUAUCAUUGCUUUUAAGAAUGUCAUUUUAGCCAUUGACAAUGCUUAGUGUUUUAUACAUAGAAAGGAGUUUCAACAAAUAUGGAUAUCUUUUGUGGAGAUUGAAACUACUGAAAUAUGUUUUUAUUUUUUGUGGACUUUAACUCCAUUCAUCACUAAGCUGAGAAAUGUAUAGAUAUAUGUAUAGUUAGGAACAAAAGAUACUCUUUAGGUAAAGAAUAGUUUUGUUGCAGAGAAGUUGUAGUUGUGUGUGAAACUAGUUUUCUGGAUUCUAGUUUACGUUUAGUAGUUUUGUUCUGAUCAGACAUAGAAUUUUUGAUGUUUCAGUUUUGAUGAUGAGUUUUGUUUUUUAGUAAAGUCUGAAAAAGCCUUUACUUGUAGUACUUAAGCUUGGAAGUGGUCUUAUUUAUUCCCAUUGAUUUUUAUCCAUGUAUUAUCUUGAUCUUGAAGGAACCUAUCAGAACACUGAUGUACUUGAAUUUUAUUGUAGUCGAGAGACACUGGCUAAUUCAUGUGUACGUCUUAGACCAUAAUUUGGUUCUUACACAUGGGCCUUGUAUUUUGCCCAAGAAAAAUCAGGAAUAAUUUAUCUCUAUCUGGAUAAGAAGCUAUUAAUAUUUUAAUUGUAAUGCUUUAUUGCUGCCUUAGUAUUGGCUUUGGUUUAUUUUGUAAUUAUAUGCUUCACAAACUCAGAUUGCCUAAGGAACUUGAAAAUCACAGGCAGCUUCUAACACCAGAAACUUUCUGAAGUGUAGCAACCUUCCAGAAGUUAAUGCAGUAGUUCGAGAGUUUGCCCCAUAUUAUGUCUUUGAUUGUCUAUGGAAAUGAGGACUGUAGCAGUAGGAGAGGGGCAGAUAGGAUGUUAGUGGGUAGGGAUUUAAAAAAACUACCAAAAGGGUCUAUCUCUCUCUCUUUGGAAAUGUCAUUAAAACACCAGGUGAUUUGAGGGCUCAGUGGCUUAGGUUGGUUGUUGUUACUUUGACGAGUAACACUUAGUGUUACCUCAGACAAAGGUGACUUCUAGGCAGAGUGCUUUGCCAUGUGCAGGUAAUAAUUUCUGGUCAGUUUUUCAAAUAAUUCUGGUUUGUGUGUGUUAGAAUUUUGUAUGGCUUUUUAAACUCAGGUUGCUGAAGCUUAAAUGGAAAUCACAAUAUUUAGCAGCUCUUAGGAUAUCUUAAGGAAAGACUAAGUGGGUUAGACUUAAAGCGUGCUUUAGUCAAGUUCAUUUUAGGUAAUAAUCCAGUGCAGGCAAUGGUUGAUUAUAAUUAGUAUUAAAUGUUGGGUUAAGAUCCCAAACAUAUAGUGACAUUAUUGUUUAUUUUACUGAGGGUCAGCCAUGCUUCCAGAGAAAAUAUAUAGGGAUAUCAGCAGAACUUAUUGUCACCUGACAAAUAAAGAUGCCGGACAGGUAGUCAAAGUACCUUAGUUAUGCUUAUGUGAUGAAGGUGUAGUGCUUAACAAUGGUUUAGGCACUCAGACAUAAAUGCUUGUCUGCAUUGGACCAAUGAGAUUGAACAAAUAUUUUGGUAAAUGCCCCGCUACCUCCGGAUGUUAAGGAAACUGGGUAGUUGAAGUACCUAAGCUAAAAAUCAGUGCGGUUCUAGGUUUUUUGCCUUGCUUGAGUUGUUGUACUGGACUGACAAAAGGCAGUCACCUGGUAACAUUUUUCACUCAGCUAUUUUAGCAGACAAAAAGGGCUGAUUUUGGUUAGCACACUCCUGUUUCCUCUUUUUUUUUCCUUUUGACUGAUUUGGUUAUUUGCCAUUUCUGGGGAUUAAACUUUAAAAAAUGUUCUUCUUUUCUGUAUCUGAUGUUCUGUGUGCUAUUAGUGAUGCAGCCAACACGAACGGUUGUCAUGUGUAACACAACUUUCGAUCACCGUGAAAACAACGUCCUGCGAAAGCGUCCAUGCUUGAUAUCGUUUGGUUCAUGAACAUUAAGUUUCCAGUACAGGUAAAAUUCCAGAUGAAGCCAAAGCCCUCUCCCUCUUGGCUCCUGCUCCUACAAUGACAAGCCUGAUUCCUGGUGGAGGGUUGCUUCCUAUACCAACACCACCCGUGACUUCAAUUGGUAUUUCUCUUGGUCCACUGGGUGCGAUACCAGCAGCAGCGUUGGAUCAUAAUAUUACAGCCAUUGGAGACAUACCGCAGCCGCCCAUUAUGGGCAAUGUGGAUCCUUCCAAGAUUGAUGAAAUUAGGAGGACUGUAUAUGUUGGAAACUUGAAUUCCCAGACUACUACAGCCGAUCAGCUUCUUGAGUUUUUUAAGCAAGUUGGAGAAGUCAAGUUUGUGCGGAUGGCAGGCGAUGAGACUCAACCAACACGUUUUGCUUUUGUCGAGUUUGCUGACCAAAAUUCUGUUCCUAGAGCCCUUGCCUUUAAUGGAGUUGUGUUUGGAGAUAGGCCGCUGAAGCUCCAUACUGGUUCCUGUCCUGAAAUAAAGACCACGGGCAACUCCAGCUCUAGAGAUCAGAGAAUAAAUCACUCCAAUAAUGCAAUAGUGAAGCCUCCAGAAAUGACGCCACAAGCUGCUGCUAAGGAGUUGGAAGAAGUGAUGAAGAGAGUACGGGAAGCCCAGUCUUUUAUAUCUGCUGCUAUUGAGCCAGAGUCUGGAAAGAGCAGUGAAAGGAAAGGUGGUCGGUCGCGCUCCCAUUCACGUUCAGUAUCCAGAUCUAGUUCAAAAUCUCGAAGGAAAAGAUCACACUCAAAACGCAGGAGUAGAUCUCGUGACAGAUCCCGCUCCAGCCAAAAGGACAGAUGUGAUAGAUCCCGCUCCAGCCAGAAGGACAGACGGGACAGAUCCCGCUCCAGCCAGAAGGACAGGCGGGACAGAUCCCGCUCCAGCCAGAAGGACAGACGAGAGAGAUCCGUCUCCAGCCAGAUGGACAGACGGGACAGAUCCGUCUCCAGCCAGAAGGACAGGCGCAGAUCCAAAACUCCACCCAAAAAGCGCUCAAAAUCUAAAGAAAGGCUGAGAUCAAGAAGCCGGUCGCCUUCUCGGGAGAAGAGGAAGGAAAGCAAAGAGAGGAUCAGAGAGAAGGAAAAGAUUAGUAGAGAAAAAGACAGAGAGAAGGAAAAAGAGAAGGAUCGAGACAAGGAUAAAGACAGGGGCAGGGAGAAGGAAAGGGGCAGGGAGAGGGAGAGGGACAAAGAGAAGACCAAGGAUAGAACCAAAGAUCGCGCAAAAGAUAAGGACAAGGAUCGGGAGAAGGACAAAGACCAAGAGAAGGAAAAAGAAAGAGACAAGGAGAAAGUGUCAGACACAGAAAAAGACAAGGCAGAGGAUCUGGACAAAGUCAGAGGGAGGGAAAAAGAGACAGAGACUGAGAAGGAGGAAGACAAGGAAGAACAGCUAAAAGGAAAAGAGGAGGACAAGGAGAAAGACCAAGAGAAAGAAAAAGCAGAGGAGAAAAGCAGUGAAAAAGAAAAAGAGAAGGAAGCAGAGAAGCCAAAAGAUAAGGACAAGGAAGGAGAGAAGGCAAAAGACCGAGAUAAGGAGCGGGAACGAGAGAAAGAAAAAGAGAGAGAUGAAAAAAGGAAGAAAGAAAAGAGAUCCAGGACACCCCCCAGAAGCUACAGCUCCUCAAGAAGAUCACGAAGUUCCAGCAGAGAUAGACGGAAGAGGAUGAGCCGAAGUCCCUCAAAGUCUCCAAGAUCAUCUAAAAUCACAAAAAGGAAAUCCUCUCGAUCUCCAUCUCCAAGGAGAAAUAAGAAAGACAAAAAGACCGAUAAGGAGAGAGACCUGAGUAAUGAUAGAAGAGAGAGGGAGCGGUCUACCUCCAAGAAAAAGAGUAGCAAAGACAAGGAUGUUAAAGAGAAAUCUGAUAAAACCACAGCUUUGAAGGAUAAAGAUCUGAGUAAAGAGAACCAGAAUUCUGAAAUUGACGAAGUAGAAAAGGAAGACACACCUCCUGCGGAAGAAGUCAAACUACAACAGAAUGGGAACUGCCAACCAAAUGAAGAAAACCUCUCAGUUAAAACAGAAGAUGUGUAGAGGACUGAAUGGACCUCUGACCCAAGUGUGGAAAGAGACAAAGCUUUUCCUCCCCUCCCCCACAACCCACCAAAAAAGGGUGAAAAUUACCAAGCAAUCAACCGGACAUGUUGUGUUGUGCUAGCAGCACUCCGGGUUCUUUGGGUGGUUUGGUCAACUUGAAGAUGAGCAAGAAGCAGUACUGACCAGUAGGAUCUGCUGCAACAAGAGCCAACAGCAUUGGAUCUGAUCAUCUGUAGGAAUCCAUGCAUUUCAGUGAUAAGACUGGUUGACAGCUGUUACAAAUAAGUGGAAAGCUGUAAUCUGUACUACCCACAAAAGUUGCUGGGGAUGCUUUCAAAGUUGUUAAAAUAUUGGUAGUUUGAAUUUUUUUGUUUUGCUUUGUGGGUUUUUAAACUAAACUCAAUGUGAUAUGUUUUGAUAAUGUGCUUGAAAAUGGUGCAGAGAUACACAUGCUUCCCUUGUUGUUGUACAUGACAGUGAUGACAAGUUUUAUCCUAACACAGUUUUACAGUUAUUGUGUUUAUGCCCACAAAGGCAAGUGAAGAUCUUUUAAUUUGUUGCUUGUGACUUUCUUUUUAUAUUUUUAAGUAAUUUCCUUAUAAGACUAAAAGCUUUCUCUUACUAGUAGUUGAUCAAUGCAUGCUAAUGUUCAGAUUCUAGAAAGAACGGCCAUGUUUAUACUAGAUUUCCAUUCUUCCAACUAUAAGCACAUCUCUGUAGUAAUCUCCAAACAACUGGCUUCGUUUUGAGCUAUAUUGUAGUGUGUCCAGUCACCUGCAAAUAGGACAGAUACCCAUGACAAGAUUGUUUUGUUUUUGAGUUGGGAUGUGGGAGCACAAGCUAAUGCUUUAGUGCCUUCUUUGAAACACAGAAUAGUGAUUCCUAGGAAUCACAUGUUAUUUAAUUCCCUCUUUGUCUAAUCCUUUAUCUUCUAUAUGGUUCUAUCACAAUAGUAGGUAAGCAUCUGAGAGGUCAGCCUUGUGAGUACUUGGUGGUUAUUUGAUAACAGAUUGAAGGUAUGUUUAAGUGGAAAAAAGGGUCAUAGCUGAAAUCAAGAUUCAAGGAUCAUCAUAUAGUGGAUGUGGCCCUGUCUGCAAUCCAGUUAUCCUAUAAAUUAACUAUAGUGUAUGCCAAACUGAUGAAUUGAACAGUUCUAAGUAAACGUAUAUCAUAACUGGGUUGUGGACUGGGUAUCGGAAUCAAAAGUGCCCUUUUAAAAUAAUUAUCUUCUAACACCAGUUGUGAAGCAUGACUUGCAAGUUCUCCCUGGAGAAGACAUAAAACCACAGAUUCCUGUUUACUUGUUGAAAAAUAGCCUGUAAGAGAACAGCACCUGAAAAAUGCAACUCCUCUCUGAAUUCAUUUCAGCAUUGUAAGACUGACAACAAAAGGUUGUACCCUAAGAUAAGAUUACACUAAAAUCAAGAAGUGUUUUGAAUAUAACAUAACACAAUCAAAUUGCCUUACCUCACGGGAAAGAGAUGGAAAAGCCAAGUAAAAACUAGCUUUCAUUUUGUGUUCUCUAAAUUGCACUUAAUGCAAAUAUAAACCUUUUAUGGUAAAUGGAAAAAUUAAAACAUGCUGUAAGGAAAUGAAGCCCAUUGAUUGUGACUCUGCUUUAAUAGCCCAUUGUUUUUUGUUAUAGUCAAAAGUUUUUUUUCUCUCCUUUUGGCCUCUGUGUACAUUAAAACUAUAGUGAAUGCUUUACCAUGUAAAGUAUGGACCGUCAUUUUUUUUGAUGUUUAAGCCACAUGAAGUUGGCUGGCAAACAGCUUAUUCUGAUAAUAAAGGAAUGACAAAUCUCAUAUGCGUCUUGAAAGACUGAAAGAUUGUGUCUUGGAACAACAGCUGUCAUAUUUAUGAUGUGUAAGUAGCAUAGAGUAAAGAUUGUAUACUUGUUAUCUUUGGUACUAUCACUAAUAAAAUUAAGUAUUUUAGAGGGAA